UCUUGAGUCGACGUGUACUUCCGCGUUUGAAAUCAAAACUUCAAGAAAUGGGGAAGUGGAAAACCAUUGAGGAAAAGCCUGUAAAGAUAGACAAAUGGGAUACUGCAGCCUUGAAAAAUUCUCUAGAUGAUGGUGCUAAAAAGGUGAUGUUGGACAAGUUUGGCUUCAAGGAGAGUCACUCAUUGAUGGAUGGUCGACUGUUUAUAUGUACGAUAGCUGUAGGGUUUGCAAUGUUUGCCCUGAUAUGGGACUACUUCAACCCAUUCCCAGAAUCACGACCAGUACUAAUAGUGUGUGUCUUAUCAUAUUUUUUCCUAAUGGGUGUGUUGACAGUGUACACAACAUACAAGGAGAAAGGGAUAUUCCUGGUGGCGUUGGAUAAAGACAGGGCAGGUGUGGAUCCUGAUAACAGAUGGGAACUUUCAUCUGUACUGAAAAAAUAUGAUGACAAGUACACUCUCAGCAUGAACUUUAUAGAUGGCAGCACUAGAAAAUCUCGUAGCGGUAAAAUCACAAAAUCCGUCGCAGAAUUUUUUGACGAGAACGGUACAUUGUGUGUAGACAGAUACGAACCAGAAGUACGAAUGUUACAGAAUAGAAUAGCCACAGACAAGAAGGAGUGACUUCAUGUAAAGCAUGUUUAAGACGCAUUGAAAUAUAAUAUCAAAAUUGUGUUCAGGUCCUUUUAUAUUAGUCAUGGACCUUUUGUCAGAUUGAAGUUUUAAUAUAGAGAAAUGCCAAUUUUGAGUGAAACUUAAAGGCAUAUGAUGAUAUGGAGCCAAGUUAAUUUUGCAAGUCCAAGUGAAAAAAUCAAAGUAUAGACGUAACGUAAUUGUAUAUCUGCCAUCAUGGCAGCCAUGGAAUAGACUUGGUUCAUGUAAUUGUUGACAUCUACUACUCAAAUUUUGGGAAGUUAUAUAUAUAAGGACCAAAAUAAUACACAAUGUCAUUUCAUACAGCUGAAGUUUUAAUGAUAUGUUUGAUAAAAUAUUUUAAAUGUGAAUAGGAGUUGAAUCCUGAGAAAAUGAGUUUGAAAUAUUUUUUUUAUCAUGACUAAGUGUACCUUAGAAAUAGGGUUGAUAUUGAUUUCAUUAAACAUAGAUAUUCUUUUAUUUAUUUUAAAGGCCCAUUUUGCCUCAGAAAUGCAUCACUUUUAUUUUUCAAAAACGAUUUAUUUUUGGUAUCUUGUUACAGUUUUCUUUACCACAUAUCUUUUAUCUUUAGCUGACUGUUGGCUAUUUGUAUAUUUAAAGUGAAUAAAUAUUUUGUAUGGAAGUCAAAAUACUACUUUGUUUGCAUUUUGCUAACUUUACAACUGCAUGUUCAGCGCUACUUCCAUGUUCAUUUGUAAAACAUCUAUCAUACUUUAUAGAUCUAUUAAUAAAACAUUAUAAAGCACAUGUUUGAUAUUUUUAAAGAAUUUGAAUUUUUUAUGAAUUUCUGAGUCAUAAUGUGCCUUUAACUAUUGAUGGAAGUUUAGAUUAUCAAAAUGAACGAGAGAUAUACCAUGUCACGGUGAUUAUUAUAGACUCUUUAUCGCAUGCUUUGCAGUGGAAAGGGAAUUUAUAUUUGAUAAUUUUCACAGUGAAAAUAUAUUUCAUAAUUUUCACUGUAGCUGGACUAUAUUUGAAUCCGGAUGAAAAUAAUAUUUCAUAACUAAAUGGAAUUUUUAACCGGAAUAAAUUUCGUCGUAUGAUAAUUAUGUUUCCAUAGGAGAAGCAAGUAAUGACUGCAUACAUUUGUUUUAAAAAUGUAACAAAAUUCAAGAAAUUUUACUGAACUAAAUUUCAUUAUUGGUAUGGUGAUGUCAUGAUGUGAUGACAUCAUUAAGAAGAACGCAUGAUAUCAUGUGGCAAAACAAGUAAAAAUAACUUAAAUCACUAGAAAAAAGCAUGAAAUAAAAAGAAAAUUUUGUUUGUUUUUCAUUUCAGAUUGAUAUACAUUUCACUUGUGAACACCAGCUAUUAUAUUUU